AUGAGUGUGUCGAAAUCAAAGUCUCCUUUCGAAGACGAAAACAGUUUGGUUGUUUGCCCUCGAGUGGACAGGCCGCGCAUGACACGGUCGAUGGCACGACCGGCCACUGAUAACCCCGGCAGUCUCCUCUGCAAGAUGGCUCGUGUCUGGUUGCUGCUGGCAGCGCUCGUCGUCCUGCUCGAAGCACGGAAAGCGCGUUUCUCCGAGAAGAACAGGUACUCAUGUUUUUUUUCAAUAUAACUGAUUUCUCCUUUCUGCAGAUACAAUCUGAAAGGAUGCUACAAGAAGACUGGAAUUGUUCACGAGCACAAGUUUGUCGUCCUGAAAAGCUUCUCAGAAAAUUUUGCAGACAUACUGACCGCAUUUACGAAGACGAGGACUACGACUUCGGAGAUUUGCCACUCGCGUGGGACUGGAGGAACGCCGACGGCGUCAACUACGCCUCACCUGACAGGAACCAGCACAUUCCACAGUGUUAGUGCUCUGCGAGACUGUUGAAACUAGAAACAAUUUUCAGAUUGCGGCUCCUGCUGGGCUUUUGGUAGGUUCUGAUCUGAUAUUGAUAUUAUUUUUUUUACCAAAAUGACUCAAAAAUGAAAAACUAGCUGACUUCCUUAUUCCUAAAUAAAAAUGGGUAUUUUUUAAAAACAGUCUCGCCAGAAUGACGGCAAUCUCGGUGCUAUGACGAGAGCGAUUUUUGAAUUUUUGAAGAGUACUGUAUGCGCAUUGGUGUGCAUGCACUUUUUGUGUAUACACUCUCGUUGCGUGACGUCACCGCGUCCUACUUCUCCGGGUAUUUUAUUUCCGAGUUUUUUUCAAGUUUUGCAUUUUUCUCGAUAAUAUUUGCAAGAUAGAAAACAGUAUCGAGAAAAAAAUGCAAAAAUAUUAUUUAAAAAAACACGAAAGUGUAAACGCACAAAGUGCAUUCAUGCAAUGCGCAUAUUCCCCAUACAGUACUCUCCGAAAAUGGAAAACUCGCUCUUCUCGUAGCACCCAUUUCAUAUCUAAAAAUGAAGAUAUGACAUGAAAAUUUUUUCGAAUAAAUACUUAGGUAUUAAAAAGAGAAAAAAAUUAUACUACGUACAGGAGCGACCUCGGCUCUCGCCGAUCGCAUCAAUAUCAAGCGGAAGAACGCCUGGCCGACCGCCUACCUGUCUGUGCAGGUAAGCCGGAAGAGUGAGAAGACGUGCAGAAGUCGCUUCAGGAAGUGAUCGACUGCUCAGGAGCUGGCACCUGCGUUCAAGGCGGCGAGCCUGGCGGCGUCUACAAGUACGCGCAUAAGCACGGCAUCCCCCACGAAACCUGCAACAACUAUCAAGCUCGAGACGGAAGUUUGUUCUUUCCCAACCAAGAUUAUAUUUUCGUUUACUCAUGAAAAAAUCGAAAAAAAAAACCCCGCUCAUCGGAAACCAUCUCAGAGUGCGACCCAUACAACCGCUGUGGCUCAUGUUGGCCUGGAGAAUGCUUCUCCAUCAAAAACUAUACUCUCUACAGAGUCGGCGAAUACGGUAAUAAUUUUGACAGGAAAAAAAAAAGACUUUGGAGUAUUAGGUUCUGUCCGAGGGUACGACAAAAUGAAAGCCGAAAUCUACCACAAAGGACCCAUUGCCUGCGGCAUUGCCGCCACUAAGGCCUUCGAGUCUUAUGGAGGCGGGAUUUACAAGGUUUGAGUGAACCCAAAAUCGAGAUUUACAGUUCAUUAAACCUGAUGUGAGUAAAUAAGGGGGGUCAAAAAACAUCCCAAAUUACGAAGAUCAGUGAAAUGAUUUGAGGAGGUGACGGACGAGUCAAUCGAUCACAUCAUCUCGGUGCACGGCUGGGGAGUGGACCAUGACUCUGGAGUGGAGUACUGGAUCGGCCGCAACUCCUGGGGAGAGCCGUGGGGAGAGCAUGGCUGGUUCAAAGUCGUCACUUCUCAGUACAAGAACGCCGGCAGCAAGUACAACCUCAAGAUCGAGGAGGACUGCGUUUGGGCUGAUCCUAUCGUCUAA